AACAAAUACAAAGAACAUAGCAAGAAGCAGCUUCCGCACGGGUCUUACACAACCCUGCCAGAGACACGAGACACUGCUCAUGUGAAAGAGGUGACCAGGAAUGUCAGUGAGACAAACUAUAAAAAGAAUUUUGUGAAGGAGAAAGGCAAGUCUAAUUAUUCUAUCAUGCUGGAGCCUCCCGAAGUGAAACAUGCCAUGGAAGUUGCUAAAAAACAGAGUACGAUUGAAUACAAGAAAGAUGCCAAGUCAAAGCUCCACUACACACCUAUAGCAGAUCGACCAGAUAUUAAGAAAGCAACUCAGGCUGCCAAGUUAAUUAGUGAUAUUGAAUAUAAAAAGCGUGGAGAAGCUGGCAUUGGCGUAACCAUGCUGGGACGUCCAGAUAUUGAACUGGCAAAGGAGGUGUCCAAGCUAACUAGCCAGGCAGAAUACCUCAAACGACAUAUGAGAGGGCAUGGAGCUGCAUCUUAUGAUACCCCAUGGAUGAGAACCUUUAAGAAAGCUAAUAUGCUAAGUAGCCAUGUGAAAUACAAGGAGAAUUUUUCCAAAGAGAUGGGUAAAAAGCCAAAGUAUGACUUAAAGGAGGCUAAAAUCUACAAGACCAUGAAAGAUGCUCACAACAUGGCUAGUGAGGUGAAAUACAAGGCGGAUUUAAAGAAACUUCAUAAGCCUGUCACAGACAUGUCUGAAUCGCUGAUCAUGAACCACGUCCUGAGCACAAGCCAACUCGCCAGUGCUGUGAAAUACAGAGAAAAGUAUGAGAAGGAAAAAGGAAAACCUAUGUUGGACUUUGAAACUCCAACAUACCUUACUGCAAAGGAAUCUCAGCUCAUGCAGAGUGAGAAACAAUAUAAGAAGGACUUUGAAGAGUCCAUUAAGGGCAGAAACCUUACUGGCUUGGAGAUUACACCAUCCUUAUUACAUGUCAAAUAUGCAACCAAAAUAGCAAGCGAGAAAGAGUACAGGAAGGAUCUGGAGGAAGGUGUCAAAGGUAAAGGACUAACAGCUUUAGAGGAGACUCCAGACAUGUUAAGAGCGAAGAAUGCAACUCAAAUUCUGAACGAGAAAGCGUACAAAAAAGCCUUGGAAUUAGAAAUCAGAGGAAAAGGUCUGACAGAACUGGCUUUGGAGACACCAGACUUUGUGAGAGCAAAGAAUGCCACUGACAUUGCCAGCCAGAUCAAAUACAAACAAUUGGCAGAAAUGGAGAAAGCCAACUACACCAGUGUUGUCGAUACUCCAGAGAUUAUUCAUGCCCAGCAGGUCAAGAACCUUUCGAGCCAGAAAAAGUAUAAGGAAGAUGCAGAAAGGACCAUGCCAUACUAUGUGCCUGUGGCAGACACACCAGAAAUGCAGAGAGUCCGUGAGAAUCAAAAGAACUUUAGCACACUUCAAUAUCAGUGGGACCUACAGAACAGUAAAGGAAAAGUUACAGUGGUACAAGACACACCAGAAAUGCUGCGUGUGAAAGAAAACCAGAAGAAUUUCAGCUCGAUUUUAUAUAAAGAAGAUAUUGGAACUGGAACUAAUAUUGAAAAGACACCAGAGAUGCAGAGAGUUAAACGAACCCAGGAUGCAAUUAGCUCGAUUAAGUACAAGGAGAGUAUUGGAAAAGGAACUCCAAUUCCUGAUCUCCCAGAAGUGAAGCGUGUCAAGGAGACACAGAAGCACAUCAGUUCGGUUUUGUACAAGGAACAUCUGGCAAAAGGAACUCCAACACCAAUGACUCCAGAGAUGGAGAGAGCUAAACGCAAUCAAGAAAACAUCAGCUCGGUUCUUUAUUCAGACAGUUUCCGAAAACAAGUACAAGGCAAAGCUGCGUAUGUACUAGAUACACCUGAAAUGCGGCGUGUACGAGAGACCCAGAAACAUAUCUCUACAGUGAAAUACCACGAAGAUUUCGAGAAAAACAAAGGUAGUUUCACACCUGUAGUUACCGACCCCAUUACGGAACGCGUGAAAAAGAACAUGCAGGACUUCAGCGACAUUAGCUAUAGGGGCAUUCAAAGGCGAGUAGUAGAAAUGGAGCGAAAGCGCGUGGACCAGGAUCAAGAGACUCUCACAGGUCUUCGUGUGUGGCGCACUAAUCCCGGGUCGGUCUUUGACUACGACCCAGCAGAAGACAAUAUUCAGUCCAGAAGCUUACAUAUGAUCUCUGUCCAAGCCCAGCGCCGCAGCCGGGAGCACUCCCGCUCUGCCAGUGCCUUGAGCAUCAGCGGUGGCGAUGAAAAAUCCGAACCCUCGGAUGGGGCCGAUCAACAUCUGUCCUACUACAGCAACGGGGGCUUCUUCACCACAACCACAACAGUGGGCUACAAACACGCUAAAACCAUAGAGUUACCCCAACAACGGUCAUCGUCCGUGGCCACCCAGCAAACAACGGUGUCAUCGGUUCCUUCGCACCCAUCUACGGCUGGUAAGACCUACCGGGCCAUGUAUGACUACAUGGCAGCUGAUGCUGAUGAGGUUUCCUUCAAAGAUGGCGACACAAUUGUAAACGUGCAAGCAAUCGAUGAAGGCUGGAUGUAUGGGACUGUCCAGAGAACUGGCAAGACUGGCAUGCUGCCGGCCAACUACGUAGAAGCUGUCUAA